CCCUUUAUGCUGGGGGGGCUGCCAUCUUUAACAUAUGUGUUAGCCUCCCUCAGUCCUGCAAGUCCAUCUGUGAGAGGACUGCAUCCCAAAAGCUUCCAAAUGGCCUCCUUUCCUCUCUUUCCCAAUUUGAACUCCAUAUACACACCGAAGAGCAUUUUCUCCUCUUCUUUCCUGUGAUACCGCAAUCAAUAAUCAUCACGAAAAUAUAGAGGCGAGGGGAAAGGAAGCCAUGUCGGAUUGUCGGAACAGAACUCAUAUGUGUCAGCACAUGGUGUCAAUAAUUGUUCUGCUUUGAUUUGAACCCCUGACCUCUAACACUGACCCCUUUUGUCUGACCUCCUCUGGACUCUCAACACAGUGAAGUGACCCAAGAAGUAAUCAAUCAGACUCAGUGAGACCAAGGUACACCAGUCCCAAUUGCUUUUAGAUAUUAGCUCUGUUGGGUUGCAAGCUGUGUUUGCAGAUGCCUUCUAACACAUCACAAAAUGACCUUGGGAUUAAGCACUUCUUCAAGUUGAAUCUAAUUCUGAUGCAAAAAUUGAGUGCCAUAGUGUAUAUACUGUAUAUAUGCAUACAUAUAUAUAUGCUUCUGGGGCAAAAGCAAAUGUUUUUUCCUGUGUACUGAACUGAUAUUAUUAUGACAUUCUGAUAUUAUAGACUUCACAAAACUUCACAGUGGCCGCUUAAAUUUAACAUCCGACAUUAUGGGAAACGUACUUAUUUGCUGUCUCGUCAAGAGUUGAUACCACUUUCAUGUCUGCAAGCUACAGCCAGCUGCCGGUUAGCUUAGCAUAGACUGCGAAGCAGACUGGCUGUAACUUCAUUUUUACUGUACAGACAUCAGAGGCAUCAGUCUUCUCAUCUAGCUCUUGGCAAGAAAGCAAAUAAGCAUGUUCCCAAGGAUGUAAAACCUAUUCUUUUAUCUACCUUUAAAUAGAAUUCAAGCUGCUUCGAUUCGCUAAGCGCAAAGGCUAAAAACAGACUGGCUGUAGCUUCAAAUUCAUCAUACAGACAUCCAAGCAGCAUCGAUCUUCUCAUCCCUCUGCAAGAAAGCAAAUAAGCGCAUUUCCCAACAUAUUGAUCUAUUCCUUUAAGCCAGUUUACUCUCCAGAUACAGUGUACUAGGGACAGCACUGGCUAGCCACCUAUGGUGUAAUCAUAUUUCUUGAAUUGUGAACGUAUGUCCAUCUAGGCUCUUGACAUUCAGCUGUAACAUUUUAAACAUGGUAAAUCUGGAAAAUGUCACAUUUCUGACAAAUGUAUGAUGUGCGUCUUGGUCCAGAACACUACCUGCUGCAUCCAAAACACUGCAGUAGUGGCAGUGACAUCCAUUACACUGGCUAUUGACGGGCAUGUUUAACGAUCGACUGCUUAAGCAAAACAGUCUUCUGUGUCUUAUGUGAAGUGUACGUAUGACUUAUGUCUACAUACAAAAUGAUUAGUAAGCCAUCGCAGUGUUUACAGAAACACUCAUGGCCUCAGAUUAAAGACACAAAAACUAUUUACAGUAAUCGGCUACAUAGCCGUCGGAUGAUCUUCUGGCCCACUCUGCUUUCAGUGGGUUUUAAAAAGGCAUAAGAGGGUCAACCCCACAGGAGGACCUACCUGUCAGGUCACAGAGGCUCCAGUCUCCAACAGUUUGGCCUUCAGCUGGAUGUCAGACAGUCAAUUCUGCAGUACUUAAUGUGACAUACCUUUGUUAGGACUCUCUCCGGAGUGAAGAACAGACCUUGUAUCUGGACAAGAGUGCAUUUCUGUCCAUAGAGCAGAUUUAUUCAGCUUAAUAUGAAUUGCUCUCAGAGGAGCUCUUGGAAGUGCACCUUCAGUUUAUGCAUUGCUCUUAGACGGGCUCAUAAAAGCUUCCAGCUUGAGAUGAAUUGCUGAAGUCGAGUUUAAUAAGAAUCAGUUUAUUUGGUACCUAUAAUCAUUCAGUCGUGAAUCUCUUUUUGAGUAAACACAGUUGUACAGUAAAGCCUGCCAGAAAGUAAGGUUUCCAUUUGCUGUCUCUGCUUGGAACAAGGACACACAAACAGACAGAACCACAGAUGAAACAAAGAACCUGUUGACAAGCAAAAUUUCAAACUGAAUGAUUCAGAUAGAAAACAUCAUUCAAUUUCACAUCUUUAUUUUUCCACUGGAAUAACAAUAACAAAAUUGAUGUUUUGGCGAGUAAAGCAUCCGACAAGUAGAGCAAAGACUGCAUCCUUUAUGACUGAACUCUCUGUGGUUUUUGUCCAAGACUCAUUAGCAUCCCAGGAAUCCUUGCAGUUUUAGCCUUGAUGACAGUCAGCGGGAGAGCCACAGAGUACUGCUAUAUUCUGAGGACUGCACCAAGAUCAGUGCAGUAUUUGUGCUGAUGUAGAGGUUUUCCAGAAAGGGUUAGAGGUGACAGGUGACUUUGAGGUAUGUCAUUUUUGGUAUCAAAUAGGAAAAAAAUAAGUGAUGCUGCACAGGCACAACUAUUUGUCAGUGAAAAACAAAACAUUAAAAAGAGACCUCACACCUCAGGUGGAUAAUCGUUUUCCACACACACAUAUGUGUCAUGAGCAAACAGAGCAAUAAUACUAUGUUCAAUAUUAAAAGCAAUAUAUGAUGCUUUACCAACUGCUGAGCACUAAAACUGGUACUAUGUUUCCACCUGCUGGUAAAUACAGAGAAAUGUCUCUCAGUGAAACUAAAUGAACUGUGGUAUUGGCCAAUAUUUUCUUGGCCUGAUUCCUCCAGACAUUGAAAUCUGACAAAGAAAAAUGUAAACAGGAAACAUUUGGCCCAAUCUUGUAACAAAACAGGUAAGCAAUGCAAGACUAUAGGGGAUAAUCUAUGGAGCAUUUAAAAAUAAAAGUAAAUUAUGAUAUUGUGUGGCAGAUUUCCUGUGACAAUAAUGCAUCAAAAUAUGAGUAUUUUCGUUUCCAUCAAGCUGUUGCUGCAGGCUAAUUUAGACAGAUGAGUCAUGUUAAUUCUACAGCUUAAACAGCUGUCCAUGUAAUGGACUUCUUAAGUGAGGAGCUUGUUUUUAAAAGCGGCAACUUUGUUUACAGCAUCCCUGGCAAGCGCAUGGCUUGUUGACAUGCAGCCAAAAGCUUAGGAUGUUGUUAAAAGCAUGUUUGUUUAGAAGAUAUUACUCACCAUCUAGUUACGUUCUUUCCACUGGGCUGAUUUUCUGUUCAACUCAUUUGAAUUUGUUACAGUACGUUGAAAUUAACAUUUUGUUUUGUCAUUGCUCACUAUACCCACAACCACCUCUGCCUUCACUCACACCCUCAACUACAUCACCCACAUGUCUCCCCCUCACCCACUCACCCAGACUCGGACAGCCUCUCCAGCCCCACCCGCCACAGCCUUAGCCUGUCAGAUGGGUCGGAGGACCAGCUGGACCGCCUCCAGCAGGUGGAGCUGGCCAGGACGACCCCCAUGUCCCAGUGGAGGGCGGGCACUGUGCAGGCCUGGCUGGAAGUUGUCAUGGCGAUGCCCAUGUACAUCCGCACCUGCUCAGAAAACGUCAAGAGUGGAAAGGUUUUACUUGGACUAACAGAUGAAGACCUGGAGCUGGGUUUAGGUGUCAGCAGCUUAAUGCAUCGCCGGAAACUCCGCCUAGCCAUUGAGGAUUACAGAGAUGCUGAGAACGGUAGAGGGCUGUCCAAGGCUGCAGAUAUGGACCACCACUGGGUGGCCAAGGCCUGGUUAAGCGACGUGGGUUUGCCUCAAUACUCCCAAGCCUUUCACAACCACUUGGUGGACGGGCGCAUGCUGAACUCCCUGACACGUCGUGACCUUGAACGUCACCUCAACAUCACCAAGAAGUUCCACCAGGUCAGCUUGCUGCUGGGCAUCGAACUGCUGCACUUACUCAGUUUCGACAAGGAGGCACUGCAGGCUCGCCGGAUACAGUGUGAGCACCAGAACGUGGAUCCAUUGGUAUGGACCUCUCAUCGGGUCAUCAAAUGGAUCAGAGAUAUUGACCUGAAGGAGUUUGCAGAAAAUCUUCUAAAUAGUGGAGUUCACGGUGCUGUCAUGGUACUUGACCCCACUUUUAACAUUGACGCCAUGGCAACAGCGCUGGGGAUCCCCAACAACAAGCAUAUGGUCCGCCGACACCUUGUUGAGGAGAUGAAAACCCUGAUUGGCUCGGCCAGGGCGGAUGCCAAGCAGGACUAUGAGCGUCUGGGCCUAGGAACACCACCAACCCUCCUUCGCCAGAACUCCCUGGGCAGACCACCCAGCUCUACCGGCCGGCACACUGAUGACGAAGGCUCGCUGAGAAGGAGAGCUGUCAAGCCUCCAACAGGGUUCAGCCCCAAAGCCCGCAGUGGGCGGGAUUUGAGCUGCCAUAGCAGCUAUGGCUCCCUGCCACGGGAAGUUCGAGACCAGACUCCGCCCAGAACCGAGGGAAGCCCGAUCCGUGGUUUCACCAGCAUCGAGGUCACCAACGUGUGAGGUCAUCAGACAUCAGCUUCAUCACAGCUAAAUCUACAUCAUGGACAUUUGUCUUCCAUGUGCACCUGAACAUGUUAUUUUUUUUUCUAAAGAUGAGCCUUUACAGGACAGAUUGCACUUUUUAAACGGGACAGGAUUCUUUUUUUUCCUGGUUUAAGAAAAACUUUAUAAGACGCAUUGUGGGCAGGUGCUAUUUUAACGUUUUUGAAGGCGCUCAUUUCCCUUCCUCAACGCCAGAAUCACGAGAUGAAGGAUUCAAGCUAAAUGAUCAUUUUUCUAUUUUUUUGUGUGUAAAUGGUUCUUUGUGAACUAGGAUGGGACUUGUUUUUGUUGACUAGUUGCUAUUAACAGUCUGGUUCUCUGACCGAAAUGAUAUAAAGACUGUAAAAUACAGGGUACUUGAUGACGAAAUGAAAAAAAGUUUCUAUGUAAAUUGUUCUUGUUUCAUCCAGUUCUGCUGUUCGUGAAGCCUUGUCAGUGUAGCUGAGGACAAUGAACAAAAAAAAAGACUAAUUGAAUUUAAAAUUCUAGAGUUUAUGUUUGACAGUCAUUUUCCAUCUUGCACAUUUACACAGUUGUGUCUAAACAGAUGUAGCACUCUCUUCUGAUGUUUUAUACUGUGCAGUAAACAUGGAAAACUAUUUGAACAAUGGCAGCAGAAGAUGACUGCUGAGCUGUAUGUCCAUGGGCUGGUGGCUGAAAGGUGUGAGGAUGCAUAUAUAUGAAAAUAAAAGAGUUUCUUUUAAUGAAAUAAAGAUGACAUCCCAUA